CAAGCUGAAAGUAAAAAGAACUUUCCAAAAUUUCCAAAUCCCAAAUUCUUCCAAUGGCCAAAAAUGAUCAUUCAACAGUCCAAAACCAAAUUGCUAGUAUUCAAGAAACACAUGAAGUAACUGUGGUGAUGGUUCCCCUUCCUUUACAAGGUCAUCUCAACCAACUCCUGCAUCUCUCCCGCCUCAUCUCCUCGUACAAUAUACCCGUUCACUAUGUUGGCACGGCCACUCAUACUCGCCAAGCAAAGGUCCGAGUCCAAGGUUGGGAUCCUCUUGCUAUUUCCAACAUCCAUUUCCACGAAUUUUCCACCCCUUCUUAUGAAGCUCCUCCUCCCGACCCAAACGCCCCAACAAAAUUUCCCACUCAACUCAUCCCAGUGUUGAAUGCAUCCGUCAAACUCCGGGAGCCAGUUUACGCACUUCUGCAACAACUUUCUAGCACAACGAGAAGAUUGGUUGUUAUUUGUGACUCUGUUACGCCAUAUGUCAUCAAGGAUGUGGGUUUAAUACCGAAUGCAGAGUCCUACACGUUUAUAAGUAUCUCAGCCUUCGCUAUUUACACGUUUUCUUGGGAACAAGAAGGGAAACCUAGAGUAUUUGAACCUGAAAUACUUGAAGCACUCGAAAGUCUUCCAUCACAUGAAAGUUCUUUACCUCAGGAGGUGACAGAUUUCUUAAAAUUGCAAAAGGAAUCCGUGCCAAUUAUCUCUGGCGAUCUGUACAACACAUGCAGGUUUAUAGAGGGUCCGUACCUUGAUCUUCUUGCAAAAGCCAAAACUGCCGAUUCCCACAAGCAAUGGGCUGUUGGUCCCUUCAAUCCAGUUGAGAUCAAUGGGCAGAAAAACACAGAACAGAGACACUAUUGCCUGGAGUGGCUUGACAAACAAGGCCCAAACUCGGUCAUUUUUGUUUGCUUUGGUUCGAAUACUUCAGUAUCACACGAGGAAGCCGGGCAGAUCGCUAUUGGAUUAGAGAAAAGCGGGCAAAAGUUCAUAUGGAUACUGAAGGAUGGAGAUCAAGGAGAUAUCUUCAAGGGAGAAGUUAGGAGAGUUCAGUUGCCCGGAGGAUUCGAAGAAAGAACUGAAGGAAGAGGAAUAAUUGUGAGGGAUUGGGCACCCCAACUGGAGAUUCUUGGACAUUCAUCAACAGGUGGAUUCAUGAGUCACUGCGGAUGGAACUCGUGUAUGGAAAGCAUUAGCAUGGGAGUGCCCGUGGCAGCAUGGCCUAUGCAUUCUGAGCAGCCCAGAAACGCAAUAAUACUGGAAAAGGUGCUGAAGAUUGGUCUAUCAGUAAGGGACUGGUCUCGGCGGGACGAACUUGUGACAUCCAUGGCUGUUGAAAAUGCUGUGAGAAGAUUGAUGGAUUCAGCUGAAGGAGAAGAGAUGAGGCAAAGGGCAAAAGAAUUGAGCAAAGCAGUAAAGGAUUCUGUUAUGGAAGGCGGUACUAGUCGCUUGGAGAUGGAUUCUUUCAUUGCUCAUAUUCGUAGGUAGAUUUUCUGUUCAGCCAAACAAAAUAAUUAUGUUCUUUAAUCAGGAGAAAUUCUGAUUAAUAAGGACUGUAACUUCUUGAGUUAGAUUAAGUGCAAUGAUAUCUUAAUUAGACUGCAGAAGAUCAGCUUUCUAACAGUAUUUCCAUUAAUUAAACACUUGGCUCUCCUGUUGCGAUA